AUGGAAAUGAUUGAAUUAACAACUUCAGAAUUGUGGAAAACAAAAUUUGUGGAAUUACAAAAAACUCUUGGAAGAAGCUGCUUGGAGAAGUCUGUUGCCAUCUUCAAUUGCUGGAUGUCAUUGUUUGAAAGAUUUAAUUCUUUGAAGAAAAUCUCAUAUGCCUUUGGUUCAACAUAUACAUGCAAACAAAUUUUUUCACAUAUGAAAUCUGUUUUGAGUCCACAAAGAAGUUGUCUGACAAUUCAACAUUUGGAAGCUUGCAUAAAACUAAAAGUCACAAAUUAUGCACCUGAUAUUGAGAAAUUAAUCAAAAAUGUACAGGGACAAGGUUCUCAUUAA